GUUUUUGUUUUGGGUAGAAGGAGAAGAAGUAGUAGUUGUAGUUGACGAAGGCCGAACUCACUCUCUCUCGCUCGCUUUCUCUGUGCUCCCCCCCUCCCUUCUGGAGUGGGCCUAGUCGGCGGAGGGGGCUCCGGCCGGCCGACCCCCCCCUCCCUCAACCGCACCCGCUGAGGAGCCUUAACGCCGCCCGGGCCCUCGCCGCUGGUCUAGGGAGGCAGACGGGCGACGACGGGCUUUCCGCCUCCUGCCUCCCCGGCUGCUGCUCCUCCUCCAGCCCCGCAGCGCGAAGGGAGGCCGCGGGGCUGAGCGGCGGCCGCUGCUGACGCCGCCGUUCAGGAGCCGGGGGGGCCAGGCCCGGCUCGGCCUGGCCUGCUCUCACCCGAGCCGACCCCCGCAGGGCCUUCACCAUGAGGAGGGAAAUGAACGGAGUCACCAAGAGCCGGUUUGAGAUGUUCUCAAACAGUGAUGAGGCUGCAAUCAACAAAAAACUUCCCAAAGAACUGCUGCUUCGAAUAUUCUCCUUCCUGGAUGUGGUCACGCUAUGCCGUUGCGCUCAGGUCUCCAGGGCGUGGAAUGUCCUGGCCCUGGAUGGCAGCAACUGGCAGCGCAUUGACCUGUUUGAUUUCCAGAGGGACAUAGAGGGGCGUGUAGUGGAGAAUAUUUCUAAAAGAUGUGGGGGUUUCUUACGAAAGCUGAGCCUUCGUGGAUGCCUAGGUGUGGGAGACAACGCAUUAAGGACAUUUGCACAGAACUGCAGAAAUAUUGAAGUGUUGAACUUGAAUGGCUGCACCAAGAUUACAGAUGCGACAUGUACUAGCCUUAGUAAGUUCUGCUCCAAACUCCGACAUCUUGAUCUAGCUUCCUGCACUUCAAUAACCAACCUGUCCCUCAAAGCACUGAGUGAGGGAUGCCCUCUACUGGAGCAGCUCAAUAUAUCAUGGUGUGACCAAGUGACAAAAGAUGGCAUCCAGGCUUUGGUGAGAGGCUGCGGUGGACUCAAAGCUCUGUUUCUUAAAGGCUGCACGCAGCUGGAGGAUGAAGCUCUCAAAUACAUUGGGGCACACUGUCCUGAACUGGUGACUUUGAAUUUGCAGACCUGCUUGCAAAUAACAGAUGAUGGUCUCAUUACAAUAUGUAGAGGGUGCCACAAGUUACAGUCUCUGUGCGCCUCUGGCUGUUCCAACAUCACCGACGCCAUCUUGAACGCUUUAGGGCAAAACUGUCCAAGGCUUAGAAUAUUGGAAGUGGCUCGGUGUUCUCAGCUCACUGAUGUGGGGUUUACCACGCUGGCUCGGAAUUGUCAUGAGCUUGAAAAAAUGGACCUGGAAGAGUGUGUUCAGAUAACAGACAGCACAUUAAUCCAGCUCUCCAUACAUUGUCCACGGCUUCAGGUUUUGAGCUUAUCGCACUGUGAGCUGAUCACUGACGAUGGGAUUCGCCACCUGGGCAACGGUGCCUGCGCCCACGACCGCCUGGAGGUGAUUGAGCUGGACAACUGCCCUUUGAUUACAGACGCCUCCUUGGAGCACCUCAAGAGCUGCCACAGCCUGGAGAGGAUAGAGUUGUACGACUGUCAACAGAUUUCACGGGCUGGAAUCAAGAGACUCAGGACCCACUUACCCAAUAUUAAAGUCCACGCCUACUUCGCACCCGUGACCCCACCACCAUCUGUGGGGGGCAGCAGACAGCGCUUCUGCAGAUGCUGCAUCAUCCUAUGACGCGGGAGCCAAUCUACCUUGUGCAAAACAAAAACUGAGUAUUUAAAUUACCCUUCUAGAAGUAACAGUGGACACCAGUAUCUCCACACGACAAAAGUGAUGCCGGUGGUCUCUCGCGAGGGCCUUUCGAAAAGAAAGGAAAGCAGGGGGAGCUGGUCGCAGAAGUUUCUUCCCGAUUUUGCCCCAUAAGCCACACACAAAAACACACACACUGCAGUAUAUACACCCACUCUCACCUACUUCUUCCAGCAAACUGAAGGACCUUGGAGUUUAGGAGCUGGAUCAGUGGGCUCCUUCUCUCUCCCCCCCUUUUUUUCUCUUGUAGGUGGAUUGGUAUUAUUAUGAACCAUUCCUACUGGGCAUGCUCAGAAGAAAUCAUGGGGAGGUGGGUGGGAGAGAAAGUGGGGAGGUAGGGGAUCAUCGCGCACAUCUGAAGAACUGCUGUUGCUGGGGGGGCGGGAGGGGAGAGGGUUGUUCUUUUGACAUUGGAAGCAGCAAACUGGACAAACCCUUCGAUGCAAGUGUGGAAGCAGCGGUGAUAACCAAGGAAGGCAACAAAAUAAGAUGUUGAAUCUUCACCACCACUGUCCAGAGAGGAGAAAAACGUAAAACCUUUAAAAGUCCAUGGUUAUAUUUUUUACUUUUUAAAAAUCAUCAUCCUUAUGUUAGGGAAUGUUGAAACAGCAGCCAUUGUGAGACAUUGAUUCCUGCGCUUCUGUGCUUCCUCGUUUUCUGUGCCGGCACAUCCACGGAGCAUGCUCAUGUUGAAGGUUCAGCGGUUUCUCUUCCAUGUUUCCAUAGCAUUUGGCUCAGAGGCUUCCUAGAUUGUUGUGACGAUAAAGCUAGAAAUCUGUAACGUCAGGUCUGAUUUAUUUUAUUUUGUUUUGUUUUUUUCUCUCUCCCUUCUUCAGUAUCUCCAGGUUUUCGGGGUUUUUUUUAUUUAUUUAAGAAAACCAUUCUGAGAUUGUAUGAAAUGACUGAACAUAAAAUAUAUGUUAAGCUAUUUUCCUUUUUAAAAGGUGUAUUUUACCACCAGGAGGCUAGGGUGAGCUUUGAAAUCACAGCUGUGAAAUGGGAUGAAGUUCUGAAAGCAAAAUUGCUUCUAUAGAGAGUCUUCUCUAGGUUCUUUUAACAGUCCAAUUGGGGCUCAUAGCAUCCUGUGUGUUCAAAGGUAACCCCGACGAAGAACAAUGUGUAGCACAAAUGGGAAAUGGCACAUAGCUGUGCUGUUCUAUUUAUUUGCCAUAGUAAUGCAAUGGUAUCAUUAGAGCCACCUCUGAAAAUCUUUCUUUAUUUGAUGUGGGGUUCUUGGCACCAUCGCUAGACCUGUGUGUUCUCCCCUACAAAUCAGUUACCCCCCUGAUAGGGAAGUUGGCCAGAUUCCUCCACUUCAGCAUUAAAUAACUGUACGUGUUGUUUCUUCAAAAGCACCGGAGCCAUUUUUUGAUGCCUUGCAGGGCCAGGUUGGGUAGCUGUUUUUAUUUCUGGAUGGGUUUUUAAAGGUCUUGUGGGCAGAGGCACAGCACCAUAUCAGUUUCCUCCAGUUUGAAUGAUUCCAGCAUUUUGGUCGCCUGUUGCCCUUCCCAUCACAAGUUGCCCUUCCCACCUUAACAGUUCCCAAACACAUUUUUUCUUAAUAGCACCUGCCGAUUUGGCUGUUGUACAGAAAGCACAGGGGAAUCCUUCAUAAUGAGAAUUCUGUCCCGAGAAAUCUGGCUUCCUUGCUGAUGUACAAUCCUUUGCUCUGCUAGUGAGCACAUCCACAUUUGCUAAUGAGUGGUUUGUUUUGUUUUUUUAAUUAGCCUGUUGCCAGUCCACUUCUGAUCUACUGCUUUGUUUUCAACUGUGCUGGCUUCUGACUGUCCAAAGCAUGGCUUGUAAAACAACUUUCCCACUGCACUUUGGUUGGAUUCAAAAGCUCGAUUGUCUAAGCCCGUAGAGUAGAAGAUGGUUUCUUUUUUUUAAAAAAAGACCACCACGGUAACAGCAGUGCUCAUGAGGAUUCUUAAGGCAGAUUGUGAGGCUUUGUAGGAAACGCAUGCUCUGUUUCACUCUUGGCCUAAAUGUUUUUAAGUGUCGGGGUCCCCAUCCAAAACAGGAACCCAGCACAAAUUGCACAAAUAGUAUGAGCUGGUCUCAAAGAUAUAAUGGGAGGGGUGUCUGGCCCAGACAGCAUCCUAGGUGCUGGAUGAUGAGAUUAGGUAUUCACUAAUUUUCUGCUGUCCCGCCAAGAUCACAGACCUCAGACAAUUGUAGCUAUAAUUGGGGAAGGGCUUGGAGAACAGCUCUGUUUUAUGGAAAUUGUCCUGUGAAAUGUUCUCUGCAUUUUCCCAAAGCAGUAAUCACGAUUUCUUUUGAUUCCAGAGGAUUUGUGUUUUCUCAGUACUCCCAGAGAAACAUAUUUAUACAGCAAUCUUUGGUUUCUCAAACACACCUGUGUUAAAUUUCCCAAACCCACCAAUGUGGUUUUUCACAAGGCCUUCCAGCAGUUCAGACUGCUACCAAAGAUCUGGAAAGGCGAAGCCUGUUUUUAAAAUAAUUCAUUUUUUCCUUCCUUCCCCCAAAAUCUUUUUUAAAACUUUUGAUCUUCUUUCUUCCACCCAGAUGUCUACUGAUGAUUCUUGUGAGUUUUGUGUCUUUAAAAAAACACACAACAUUUUACGAACUCCAGCAUAGAAAUAUGGUUGAUAGUCUUCCCCUCCCAUCUAUGAUUCGUGCAUCUCGUUUCUAAAACUUGGCAGCAUAAUUCCAUCUUUCGAAUUCCAAACAUCAUUGUGGCAAUUGCUGACAUUGUGGAAACAACUCACUGUUGCAAUGUUACUGAACCUCCUGAACAAGCCAGGAGUGUGUGUUUGUGUGUGUGCGUGUGCUGCCAGCUUGUCAGUGUUCAGCACAGCUCUUGAAAGUAGAACCUUCCUCUAGGAAUGGAAGGAGGGGAGUAAAAGCUUGAGUGCAGUCCAUCCAACUUUAUUCCAGUGCAAACUGCUUGAAACGAAUGGGAAUUGUAGAGCAGCAGUGCUUGCUGCAUUGCAUGCAGUGUAUUUGCAUUUGUUCGAUCGUAAGUAGUGGUUCUCCCUAAGGGCUGCCUUUAAUCUCAUGCACGUCAUGUUGUGGAAACCGCUUACUCACAGUCGCGCACCACUGAGGGGUGUCCGUGUGUGGGAAUAUUUCAUCCAUAUGGACAGGGCUAGUUGCAGGAUUGUUUUCACCUAAUCCGUCUCCAGAUCGAAGCAUUCAGCCUCCCCAACUAGGUGGAAUAGCACCCCAGGGCAACUGUCUGCAUGCCACUCUAAAUGUGUGAAAUGGACCUUAAUUUGCCAGCAGUUCGUUUCCCAACAUAGAGAAGUUGAGACCAAAGUGACGGUGCCGUGUUAUUUUCAGGGGAAGGGCAGAACAGAAAGAUAACUUGAUUCAUAUCACUUGAUUGAGAAUUUUUAAAGCCAAUAAUCAAAUCCUUCUCUUCCCCUCCACCCUUGUCAGUGUAUUUAUUAAUAACAUCAAUAAACCACAUUUUUCUAAGCUUGUCUUGUUAGAAGAAUGGCUUUUGCAUAGGAUGAGAGCUCUGGUGUUCAGUCCUAGGUACUUCCUUCCUGUCACUUUAUAUUUUAUUGCGCAUUGAGACAGCUGUGUCUCUUGGGGAAAGGUAAAUAAACAUCACCACCUUCGAAGAAGGCCAAGUUCCCCUUCACUGCAACCAGCAGUGCAUGCUGGUCCAUAGAGCUGCAACGAGAGAGAGACCUGGGUUCCCAUUUUAAAUUUUGUGCACCCAGUGAGGUGUCAGCCACAUGCCAGAUUAGCUGCAUAAAUGCUCAGAAGGGGUUCCCUUUGUUUGUUAGAUUGACCCUGAAGGCUUGCAAUGUAAAGCAGUUCCCCAUGACAUGUGCAGAAUCCCCACUUUACUUGCACGAAACCUGCAAGUAAACAAUGGCAGAUUUGAUUUUUCAAGCCUUCUGAGCUCAGCGAGUACAAAAAGCACAAUAACUUCUUAUUGAGCCAAGGCCCCCCAGAAGCAACCAUACCCAUCUGUUAGCAUGGAUGGCUUGAUGCAAGAAUUAGCUGUGAUUGUCAAGAAUGCCUUUUCAGAGGCAAAUAUAACAGAUGUUGGGAAUAAACAGAAGGGCCGUCGCCUCAGUGGGAGCAUCUGGCUGCUGCUUUUUGGGACAGAUUAAUCAGAUCAUAUUUUUAUUAGACAUAAUUUUGGAAGUAGUAAUGUGUAUUAACUCCCUGUGUAUUAACUGACUGUUCGAUACAUACAGUGAGUUCUGGAAGUGCACUGUGUCAUGAAAAUGCCCCAUUUUGUAAGGGACUCUAUUUUUGUGGUGAAAUAAUUGUCUGUCCUCCACUGCCUGGUUGCUGGUGAUCAGUUGGGGUGGGGAGAGACAAGGGGCGGAGAGCUGCAUUUGAUAGUCAAAUUGCUAGGAUCAAUGGGAAGGCUGAAUGUUGAAGAAACACAGCGAGAAUUUAAUAGCCUUGUGGCCAAAGUCUGUUCUAACCAGAUGUGCCAAAUCCAUAAUUACAUGGAAAAUGCCAUUUUCUUUGCUCCCACAAAUUCCAGCUACAGCAGCUCGCCCUGAUUACCGAGUAUAUGAAGAGUGCUGUUGUCAGAAGGCCAUUACGAUCACUCUUAAUUUUUACUCUUUACCUUCCUCGCCUUUUGGAAAUCAUGAAAACUCCAGAUGUCAAAACUUAACAGCCUCGCCAUUGGCUUCUCCUGUACCUGAACCAUAUUAAGUUGUACAUGGUGAAAGCUACUUUUGUUGUAAGCCUUCUGCUAUAUCCUGUUGCAUAUUAUGACAAGCUUGAGACCAGCGUGAAGGCAACAGGAAUGAAGUUAACAUCUGCAACCAGGUUCUCUGAAGAACCUCAAGCUCUGGAGGAACGCUGGAUCAACAGAAUUCGUUAGAUUUCAAGGUACAACAAUGCAGCCACUGGUCACAAUUCUGAAACCAUUCCCACAGUGGCUAUUACUAUGAACUCCAGGGGGGUAUUUGUUUCCCCUCUUUUAAUCUGAAUAUGGUAGGCAUGGCUGGCCCAUGGUAUGAUGUGAUUCGACAGGUGUUGGGGAGGGAAUUGUAUGACAUGGUUGCUUACACAGUAAUGUUCUGUUUUAAGAGAGAAGGAGUAUAGUAAGAGCCCUGGGCUACCCUUAAUUUGUGAUCUAAUCUUUUGGUUAAGUUUGGGAUGAUUAGCGUUCAGAAAUAAUUGUAUUAGACAUAUUAAGGAUGCGGCUGGUAUUCCACAGGCUGGAUGUUUGAUAGUUAAAUACUAAAUUUCAUUCGCACUGAGAACCCUACAGUAGAAUUGAUUGUACCACCCGCUAUCAGGAAACCUCUGGCACAGUAACUAUAAUGUGAACACUUUUUAUUAAACAAACCCCAUCAUUCUUGGUGUGUUUAAAGGAA